UCCAGCCCGCCGCCCACCAUGGCUGCCUCCACCCUGUCCAUCUGCUCCAGUGACCUGAGCUACAGCCGCCGGGUCUGCCUGCCCAGGUUCUGGGGCUCCUGCACCGGCCCCUCCUGGCAGGGGGACGACUGCCCCGAGAGCUGCUGUGAGCCCCCCUGCUGUGCCCCCAGCUGCUGCCAGUCCAGCUGCUGUGCCCCGGUCCCCUGCCUGACCCUUGUCUGCACCCCCGUGAGCUGUGGGUGCAGCCCCUGUCAGUCAGCCUGCACCAGCUCGUGCACACUCUCCUGCUGCCAGCUGUCUAGCUGCCAGCCCUCCUCCUGCACCUCCUCCCUGUGCCAGCAGGCCUGCUGUGUGCCUGUCUGCUGUAAGCCUGUGUGCUAUGUGCCCAUCUGCUCUGGGGUUGCCCCCUACCCGGCACACCCAUGCUGCCAUCCCAUCCCGUGCCCCCCAUCCUGCUGCAGACCCUCCUCCUGUGUGUACCUCAUCUUCUGCCCUGUGGGCAGGCCUGCCUGCUGUGUGCCCACCUCCCCCUGCUGUGCCCCCGCCUACCCCUGCCAGCCCAGCUGCUGCUGCCCAGCCUCCCGCAUGUCCCUGUUCUGCCACCCCGCGUGCGCCCGCCCCACCUGCUGCUGA